UUGUCUCCGCCUCCACCGGGGAUUGAACCCGGAACUUCAGGACUACGAACCCGAAACGCUGUCCACUCAGCUGUCAGGCGCCCGUGCAUCAACUAUAUGCAGUAUAACAAAUUUUGAACUGUUCCGCGAGGACAGAAGAAAAUGUAUGUCGAUUAGCUUUGUAGAUAAAUGACCACGUUUGUGGGGAAAAAAAUAAGUUGCAGACAGAACAAAUAACAUGAGUCUUACAGUUUGGUAGAAAUUUGCACUUGACAGUCUUAUAUGAACAUACUUGACGUCUAGCAUCUCUAAUAGCCUCCACGGCUUGGAAAAAGCACCCCAUUAUUCCUGAGCUGUACUUAAAACUGAGGCACUGACUUUGUAUUUUGGCUUCAGGGGGGGAUAGGCUUUUCAGCGACUUAUUUUUUGGUGAACUUUUUCCAUUUUUAACAUUUCCCCGUUGUCUGUCAUGGGCUAACAACACCUCACAGCUGACAGACUGCUCUAAGCCUGUCGCUGCUUAAUCUUACGAUAAACAAUCAUUGCUACAUUGGUGUUGGCGAUGGGAGGUCACGUCUGGGCACGACUCUUCUCCCCGCUGGUGAAGUAAUGUUCUUGGGAGGUCUGAGAGCACAUGUCUCUUCAUAACACUCUGCCACCCAAUGUGAUCUGUUAUCCUCCUGGUCCCCCCCCCCCCACCUGUGGAAAUUAUACAGUUCCAUUUUAGAUGACGUAGAAAGAUUGAAAAUAAAUUAUGUUUACUAUGUCUUCGCAAUUACUGAAGUGUACGAUACGUUGGCCGAGGCAAGCACACGUGGGAAUGUUGAGGGUGGUAACUUUCACAUUCGCUGCGCACGCUGUCUGGCGUGCAGUGAACCUUAUAGUCUCUCUCAUCUUUUAGUAGUGUUAAUCUUACAGUUCUCAUACUGCAUACCACCUAGUGUUUCCGGGUGGAAUUAGUGUAUAUAAGUGCAGAAAUAUCAUUCGAGUGUAUUAACAGUAACUCGAGUCUACUUAUCCAGGGAAGACCUAUAAUAUAAUUGGAAUCUCGCACCAGGACACCGCUUGGGUUAUUAAGUGUCCUGAAGAUCUCUUCGAUGUUCUGGGAGCCAGUGUUUGAAUCCCUAGUGCAAUAAACCUUAAUAUAAAAGCCUGUCCAGUAAGAUCUGUGUUCUCCGAGUGUCAAGCAGCAACAGGCAGCAUCACCAGGGAGCCCCCUAACAUCACAGCCACUCCUGGAACAGUGAAAGUGAGUUGCUCUUGGCCCUGGGGCAGGCAUCUCUAACCCGGCUCCUCCACCCGCUGCUUCAGGACAACUCCCACUACCUCUCUUGCUUCAGUCACUCUUCUAGUAUCACCACGACACUCCUGCUUCUUCCUGUACUUUAUGUUAUCCUAACUACCUAACCUAAGACACAAUCAAGGGACGUCAGGGACAUCAUUCCCUCUCCUGCAGGAUGGUGCUGCGUAUGAUUCAGGAGCUCCACCUGCACUUGAAGGCUUCCUGCUUGCGGCUCCUCCGCCAGAAGAUGCUGUGUGGUGCUCUCUUGGCUGUGAUGCUGUUAUUCUCUCUCCACAUCACCUCCAGCCUGGUCACUCUCAGGAGGGUGUCGUCGACGCCGGCCUGGGUCCAGGAGAGGGAGGCCGGGAGCUGCAGCCCGCGGACCAACGUUGCCUUUCUCAAGAGCCAUAAGUGUGCCUCAUCUACUAUCCAGAAUAUUCUUUUCCGGUAUGGUCUGGCGCACGGACUUCACUUCGGCCUGCCAGACGCAGGCAAUUACUUCGGCGGCGGACUGCGGCCCUUCAACGCUGACAUGCUGCGGUUGUCCCCCUGGAGCAAGCUAGGGGUCAAUAUUAUGGCCGUUCAUAUGAAGUGGGAUCACCAGCAGGUGGCCAGUGUGAUGCCCAACGACACCGUCUACAUCUCCAUCGUCAGGGAUCCCAUGGAGCUGUUCGAAUCACUAUAUACUUAUGCCAAGAUGGAAAAGUUCUACGGGCUGCCGGUGGAGGAGUUCGCUGCGAGUGUUCCUACCGACACUCCGCGGUACAAUGGCUACCUGGGCUACAACCAGAUGGUCUGGGACUUCGGCAUAGAGAAUGAGACCCUCGCUAACAACCUCACAGCUGUGCGUGAGCUGGUGAGGAAGGCGGAGGCGGAGUUCGACUUGGUGUUGGUGGCGGAGCGGAUGGAAGAGUCGCUGGUGCUCCUGAGUCACCUCCUCUGCUGGAACCUCAGAGACGUCAUCGCUCUCAGGUUCAACGCCAGGACCUCCAAAUUCAAGAACAAGCUGAGCAGUGAGACGCAGAAAGUCCUCCGUCAGAAGUUGGCCCCAGACUACCUGCUCUAUGAGCGCUUCGUCAGGAAGUUCGACGACCUAGUGGAGGACUUCGGGAGGCAGAGGAUGGACCGCGAAGUCUCCAGGCUCAAUGCACUGACAAAGCAGCUAAUGAAAACUUGCGGUUUUAUGAAGCAAGAUGCUGCUAUGAUGUUUGGAGCUGAGAAGCCAUGGUCUGAUAUGGUGGAGGGGUACACCGCUACAGCAGGAAACAGCAAGUGUCAGCACUACUCCAGGUCAGAGGUCUCCUUCAUCAAAUUCCUGAGGGCAAUGCAGAGGAUGGAGGUCUCCAGAAGAUUUGGGGUGCCUGACGUGCCUGGCCUGGACGCCAUCCCCCUGGGAGCCAGUAUCUUCGAAGGCACCGCUAAUAUGGACGAGAGAAUUAAAACCCUAAAGAAAAUGCUGGUCCAUACCGAAAGAAAGCAAAGAUAAGGAAAGCAGCGUAACGGAAAAGUAUACUGAAAUUAAGAAGGAAAAUGUCUGAAAGUUGUUAAAAUAGCAUUGGAAAUGGGUUUUUGUCUUUCGACAUCACUGGGAUAACUGAAUUAAGAUGAGUUACUUUCUGGUAUCAGGUUUCAUGUAGAUGAGCUAUCAUCACGAAUUAGGUGCCAGAAACUAAGAUAUCUUCAGGCAUCAUGUCCUGCAUGGGAGCUGUCUUCAGGCAUUAAGAGUCUUGCAGAUAAGCCAUCCUCAGAUAUCGUGUCCUGCAGGUUAGCAAUCGUAAUUCUCAAAGUUCAAAUUUUUAACAAUAUAUAUAUCAAUUACAAUUUAAAAUUUAGGUAAAAUUAAGGUAAUUUAAGUUUUGAUAACGUUCUCUAGAGGCGCUUCCAUAUGAAUGAUGUAUUUUUGUGUAUAAUUAUAGCAGUAUUAUUACAUUAUACUGGAAGAUGUUUCGUAUGCUCACAUGUGUUGGAGUUGAAGGUAUUAAAACUUUGCAAUUUCCGUAAAACAGAUUUUCGUGACAAUUAAUCUUUCUUGAUUUGCUUCAUGCGCUACACGCUGUAGUGUGUUCAUUGUGAGGGCCCGGGCAAGCACAGGUUGCUAUUAGCACUGCUAAUAUAUGUGUAUUAGCACACAUAUAUAUGAGUAUAGCUCAUAUAUAUAUGUGUGCUAAUAAUAUAUUAACACGCAUAUAUAUGAGCUAUACUCUUGAGGUCUGAGCUGGUUCCUCAGCAUAGUUGUUUCUGCGUUGAAAGCGCUAGGCUGUUAACCUUUCAUUUUUUUUUCACUGAUUAUUCUUCAUUACUGGAUCAGCGUUUUUUUUUUAUCCUUGUUGCAUAUAUGUAUAUAUAAUAUAUUUUUGUUAUGACGCAGUGGUGUGUAUUCCUAAGAAGAAAGGUAAGCAUUGCUUUCCUGAUACAAAUUCUUCCCUUCCAAAUUAAAAUAUAUUUAUUUAUUUGCUGUAUUAAUUAAUUCAGUUUUAUAUAGCAUCCUGUAUUUUUUUGGUCUGAGAUGAAAAUGUGUUCGUGCAUUACGCAACAUUUGCAGUAAGUAGCCUUCUUGUUUGACCACAAGGCGGGACCAAAGAGCCGAAGCUCAACCCCCGGAAGCACAACUAGGUGAGUACAUGCUGAACAAAAUGAUAUAUCACUGCCAGAUGUAAGAUGAAAAUACAUAAUUUAACUUGUCUUACUCCCCCUUUUUCCAAAACCAUGUAAAUAAAGUUAUCAAACAAAUAUAUUGUGGAAAGCAUUCUGAUGCUAGAAUGUCCCCUCAAUAAUAUGUGUUAUUACCACUCAAUAUAAUUAAUUUUGGUAAGAGAUUUGGAGAAAUAAACAGAGUCCUCCCCUUCCAGCAGAGGGAGAGAGCCUGGCAGCAUUCCCAGUUCAUUAAAUACAAUCAUAAAUCUGUAAAUAAUAAUGAUCUAAUUUUUUCUCAGUUUCGUAAAUUAUUACUCAUUAUCAUAGUACUUGAAUGAUAACGUAAGCAAUUGUCAAUAAUAAAAUAAGUAAUGGUACAAACUUUUUUCAAAUCUCUUAAAUUUUGUUUUUAAAGAAGAUGGCAUCACUGUGUGAGACUACUGUCUAUGGUAACAUUCAGCUUAAGAAUAUCAGUUGACUUUCAGAGGUGACGUGACGGUACACGCAUUUACUUGGACUUAUUGCCCCCUAACUGAAAAUGCAGUCGCAGUGUACAAAGAGUUUACUGUUAGGUAUGUCUUCUGUUUUCAACUGAUACAAAUGUAUGGAAUACUUACGGAUAUCAAGAUUUGUCAAAUAUACAGAAUUAUUGCAUGAUCUUGAGAGCAUGCCAAAAUUUUACAGCAAAAUUACUGAUAAUUUUGCCUGUAAGUCAAGAAGAAUUCCAUUGAACUAUGUACAAAAUAGUAAGUUAACAUGUUUCAUGUUACUAUUUCCUACUUUAUAUGUUACUUGCAUUAAUAUUUGUUUUAUUAAUAAUCAUAUUUCAACUUCAUCAAAGGUCUUAACUGUCACCUAUUUACCCAAACAUUUGUUUCACAACGCUCUACUGAUAUGACGUCAAAGAUUAGGUCUGCUGAGUAUUGCUGUAUGAUUAUCGAUGAGAUUAUGCAAUAUUUGAUAUUAAUACAAUAGAACAAAUAUGGAGAAACUCACUACAAUGCCGUAGUGCUUGAGUCAAGGUGAAGACCCAAUAUAUGUAUAAAAUGUAUUAAAAAACUAAUUUUCGGAUGUAACGUACAUCCGUUCUCAAAGUGAUGUAUACAAUGUUCUCACAUAUUUUUUUUUAGAACAUUGUAUACAAGUACCUUGUAUUCAUUUUGAGAACAUUUUAUACAAGCACCUUGUAUACAUUUUUGAGAACAUUGUAUACAAAUACCUUGAGAAAAGAUGUCGGUUACAUCCGAUAAUUUGGCUUUUAAUACAUUUAUACAUAUUCGGUCUUUCCUUCACUUUCGCAAAAAAAGUAUUAAAACAUGCAUUAGUUUCAGGCAAGGUUUCCAUGAUUACUACUCAUUAACAUAUCCUUCAUUGUAUUUGUAUUUUGAUAAGUUUUAUACACCCGUGCUUCGUAAUCCUGUUAAUAUUAUAUUCAUUUUAGAUACCGUACAUCACUAAAGACCAUUCUAUCAUGCAGGUUUAAGUCUUUGGAUUCAUAUUGAAAAAGUUAAUUACCGCAAAGCUUCGAAUAUCCUCGAAUGUAAAGAAAGCCUAUUACAUCUUCGAUAUAAAUUACAUAUUGAUCAAUGCACUUCAAAUUAAUAACUUUUGUAAAUCGAAGCUACAGAACGUGUGGGUUCUACGGUCUUAUACACAGUGUAUAUGACUGAGUGUACAUUAUUGAGUAUACUUGAGUGUAUAUUAACCCCCUUCCGGGCCACUGUAGCACUAAAGCGUAGUGAGUGACUGUAGGCUACCACAGCCGCUCCCGGGAUACUUGUAGAGGCGCAUGGUAUGACCCUAGCAACCAAAUGUAAAUAGUUUCACUACAAGUGUUAAUCGUGUCUUCGUUUGAUAAUUGCUUACCGUUAAAGCUUGUUGGUCCUGUUUGAGAAGGAGUUUGUGAGACUGUGACCCUUCUGCCACAGUCCAUGGGGUGGGAGGGAAUUUAGGACCCAUAAUCUAUUAAUUUAACACACUCUUACUCUUUGUAUUACGGACUCUUGGGGUCACGGUGAUGUUAGUUUGAUACACUGUGUAGACUAUCGAUUUAUUUAUGUUAACAAACUAUGUAAUUUGCUUAGCUAAACGAAUAUGGCUUGAUGUGCCUGCCAGAAACGCUGCGCGUACUAGUGGCUUUACAAGGUUGUAAAUACCAUGCUAUGUAUUCUCACAAACUCAAUGUACCUUCUUGUAUAUAAAUAAAAAAAUGUGUAUGUGUAAAGUCACAUAAAGUUUUUGUCUCUUAAAAUGUUUCACUUAUGGUUUCAGGAUGGGUAUUGGGUGCAUAAUAAAUGAUCUAAACUAAGUAAAAGAGUAUUGCUGUAGAUAGUAAAACAAUUUGUAACUAGUUAAUAAUACUGUUACUUGCUUUGUUAAACGAGUAUUUGUGCUCAGUUCCUAAACUCGUUCUGUGCCUCUUUAACCUUUCCGCCAUCGCUCGCAGGAUGGGAAUGGGGUGCAUAAUAAGCAAACCCGGACAUAUAUACUGUAUGAGUAAUUCACAAAACGUGGUAACGGUGUUGGCAUCUGUUGAUGAACAAGUGUAAACAAGGCGAAUAUACAUUCCUCCGUGCAUAUAGCCACUUCAGGUAGUCAGAUAACAUGAUGCGAGUUAUCUUGAGAUGAUUUAUCUUGGAAUGAUCUUCCCAACCAUGUUAAAGACUGUACCUCUCUCAACCAGUUUAAGAUAA